AUGGACGACGGUAAAGGGGGACGCAAGAAGGCGAAACUCAAGCUUUUUCACAGCGUUGUUGAUCCCCAGACGAGAAGGAUUAGCGUGGUCGACCUUCAUUGCGGAAAACCUCAACGAAGACUGAUGUCUAUUCACAUAGUAGCUCUGGGAAGUGAGUGUCCUGGAGGCGUGGGCCCCGGGGAUGAUGCUGCCGGUCAGGGUCAGGUUCAGGGGGGACUGCUAUGGAGCUACCUUGGGCAUGGAGCUUGUGACCUAGAAAGCACCCUGCCCAACUCUGCUACACCAUCGAGACACCCCCUAAACCCUGCCUUUAUGGAAUACCAGUCUCGAGUGUUUGGAGACGUCAGGGUUAUGGUGCGGGAUUGCCCAAGCUGGGAUCUGUUGGACAGCGACUGGGCCAGUGUGCGGAGUGUUUUGGAGCAGGCUGAUAUUGUGGUCAUCAAAUACUCGGUGAACGACAAACUGGCCUUCCAGCAGGUGCGAAAUGGCUACGCCCCGCGACUCCGACCUCUCCUGCGUCACUGGGGGGUGCCUGUCAUUCUGGUGGCAGUGGGGGCACGUCUGAAUGAUGAGGGUCCUCCGUGCACGUGUCCGCUCUGUGCGUCAGACUGGAGCAGCUGUGUGCCUCACAGCGAGGGUCUCCAGCUGUCCCGAGACCUGGGAGCCACUUACCUGGAGCUUCCAUCCUUAAACAACUUUUUUGUGGGACGCUACUUUGGCAGCGUGUUGGAAUACUUCAUGAUUCAGUGUCUGAAACAGAAGGCUAAGGAGCGGCCAGAUAAAAGGCGGGGCCACAGGGUAAAUGAGCCCCGCCCCCCACAUUUAGAGCAGCCAGCACGUCUUCCUCCUGUGAGAGUGGAGGAGUCCAGCUUCUCUCAGGACAUGCAGUGGCUGCUGGAACGUGGGGGGCAGUUUGCUGACGUGGUGUUUUAUGCCGGGGACUCUGGGAGGGAACUUGGGUGGGCGCAUGCGGCCGUGCUGUGCGCCGUUAGUCCUUACUUCAGACAGCUGUUAGUGGGGAGGCAGGCCCGAGAGCGGCCCACCUCUCGCUGCGCCUGCCGGGAGCGGGACGGCCCCCACUCUCUCCUCUCCACCUGGGACGGGGGCAUGGACGACCUGCCGCGACCAGACGGGCAUCUCAGCGGGCGUCUUUCGAGACUGGUGGUGAAGGAUCCACUGUUGUGCAUAUGCCUGUGGGAGACACUGAUGUUUCUCUACAGAGGAGCAUGGGAAUGGGAGUACCUUGAAGAGGCAGUGGCUGAGAAGUUGAAGAAGCCCCUUGCAGUGGCUCAGCUGAUGGACAGAAUACGCUCUUUUGUAGGGAGAGAAAAGGGUCCCAGGGACACCCCCACACCACGCUCCAUGCCAGGCCCCCAGACCUUGGGCAACCUUUUUAACUCUCCUCUUUACUCAGAUGUCAUCUUUAUGGUGCAAGGCAAUGUUCUCCCAGCUCACAGGGCGGUACUUGUGGCACGCUGUGACGUCAUGGCGGCAAUGUUCAGUGGCAAAUAUGCGGAGGCACGGAGUCGUGUGGUGCCCAUUCACGGCGUUUCCUCAGACACCUUCCUGUCCUUCCUGGAGUACCUCUACACUGACACCUGCUGCCCAGCUAGUGUGCUCCAGGCUAUGGCUGUGCUCGUAUGCGCAGAGAUGUACCAGGUAAAACGUCUGCAGCACCUGUGUGAAGUGUGUGUCUGCGCAUAUCUUCAAAGCAUGCCCAGUCGAGAGCUGGCGUCUACAGGCAUCAGCGUGAUCCGGCUGCUUAAGAGGGCAAAGUGCCACAAUGCUGACCAGCUGUAUGUCUGGCUCCUACACUUCAUUGCCAAUAAUUACUUGAUCUUCAGUCACAAGCCUGACUUCCUGGAGCUAUCAGAGGAGGAGCGGGAACAGGUGGAGCGACUGCGCUGGCCCUCUAGAGGAUAUCUGCAAGAGCUCAGCGAGUACCAGCAACGCAGACGGCAACUGCGCAAAUCCCGCUGCAGCAUCAUGUGACCCUCCGCGCGGCA